AUGGUGGAGCUCCCGCCGACGCUAGCAUCGCUGCUUCGUGACCCAGCACCGGGCUUCUUUGUUCCUGGGCACCUAAUGCCCUGGGCUUUGAUUCAUAGGGAAACAAACGACAAGAUACUAAAGGAGCAAAGUCGAGAGGAGUCAAGAACUCAUAAAGCGUCCGCGAAGGGAAGGCUACGCCGUUGUGUGGACACAAUCCAUAAUAGAAGGGGAGCAGAGAAUAUAUCGGGAGUGCGAAUCGGUAGACACGGGGUGGUCUCAGCUCGUAUGUUAGAAGCUCAGAGCCUCCCAGCACCCGCAGGCCAAACAGAAACAGCAGAUGUCCCAAAAGAGCAAGAACCAACUCAAGGCGCGCGAGUCCAAAACUGCAAGGCACCCACCCGCAUCAACCAGCCCACGCCUCAUGGCCAAAAUCCCGGGUUGCUGCAGCCAACAGUAACCGCCUGCCGUCAGGCGAUAACCGGCCCGUCUUACAUACUACAAACCGCGUGCAAAAUGCAAAACACCUGCUUCUUCAUCUUGGCUGGACGGCGACCUGCUGCCGAAGCACCUGUUCCACCGUUCUAG